ACCCCAUUUCUACACACAUGAACUACAUGCAAGACUCAUCUUCACUUCACCAAUUGUCUGACUGUCUUUCUCAUGCAUCAUCCUUAUCUAUGUUUUUCAAGUUAUGGAACAGAACAUCUUUAUCACCUUGUGUAUCUUCUGUGUUUUUCAGUCAGUGAUGGCUUUCAACAUUGAUCCUAUUACGUGGAGAGAUUUCCCUGAUCCCUCAAAGAGCCAAAAUUUUGCUUUUGGCUACAAGAUAAUACAAAGCGAAUCAAGUCUUAUUGUGAGUGAUCCAUUAAUUCAAAUCACACCAAAUGAAAGAGGGCGGAUUUACAGCUGUUCGGUCAUACAAGACUCGCAGUCCUGCUCAUCACUUAACAUUAUUGUUCCCUCUGAAGCAGUCAACAUGUCUCUUGGACUUACAAUGACUAAAGAUCCAUCCUCUUCAAAAUUGGCAAUUUGUGGUCCAACCAUUCCAAAAAAAUGUAAAAGUGUUACCACCUACAAUGGCAUGUGCUUUAUUCUUAAAAACACAAUGACCUUACCAAGCAUUGAACAGACCGUACCAAGAUCUUUGAGAGACUGUGCUGGUCCGAUUGAUAUAGCCUUUUUACUGGAUGGCUCUGGGAGUGUAGGCUCUGAAAAUUUUAAAAAAAUGAAACGUUUUGUGGCAAACAUGAUUAUGCGUUUUAUUGAGCGGGAUGCACAGUUUGCCAUUGCACAGUACUCCAGUUCUUGUAAGAUUCACUACAACUUUAAUGAACUCACAACUCAAGACAGUACGUGGGAAAGUAAGGUGUUAAAUAUAUAUUACCAAUAUGGAAGUUCUACUUAUACUGCAACGGCUAUCGAAAAAGUUGUAGGCCUGUUUACAGAAAGUGCAGGGGCAAGACCAUCAGCAAAAAAAAUCUUAGUAGUUAUUACUGAUGGAGAGUCACAUGACAGACCUGAUCUGCAAAAUGUAUCUUCAGAGGCACAGAAAAAGAACAUCAUACGCAUUGCGAUCGGGGUUGGCAGUGCUUUCAACAGUUAUAAUGCAAAAGAGGAGUUGAAGACAAUUGCUACUGAUCCAAAGACUGGUGUGUUUAAAGUGGACGACUUUAAUGCAUUAAAUGACAUUCUUGAAAGCCUGGAAGAGAAUAUUAUUGCCAUUGAAGGAACCCAAACAUCUGGUGAUUCCUCCAGAAUGGAGUUUGCACAGGAUGGAUUCAGCACAGCUUUCACAUCAUAUCAAAGUGUGUUAUUAAGUGCUGUAGGAGCUUAUCAGUGGAAAGGUGGCUAUGAACAAUAUAAUCCAAAUACUGGCUUUCAAGUAGGCAGUGACCAUGAAAGCUAUCUAGGUUAUUCAAUGGCUGUAGCAACAGUGUCAGGAACCAACUACGCAAUUCUGGGAGCCCCAAGACACCAGCAUAAAGGACAAGUUGUUGUUUCAAACGUAAUCAACAUUCAACAAGAUCAACUCAUUCUGGAUUCUCCAAAGCCUCAGAUUGGGUCAUAUUUUGGAGCUGAAGUGUGUGUGGUGGAUCUGGACAGAAAUACAGUUCUUCUGUUGGUAUCAGCACCAACAUACACAGAGGGUGACAGAGAAGGCAACGUGUUUGUAUACUUUUAUACACGUUUGCCACUCUUUACUCCUUUGGAUACGGUGCUUGUGGGCAUGGCAGGGCAGAGGGGGAGAUUUGGAGCGUCCCUGGCCAGUCCAGCAGAUCUGAAUGGUGAUGGCCUUCGUGAUGUAGUGAUUGGAGCUCCUUUAGAAGAUGAUGGACAAGGCAGCAUCUACAUCUUUAAUGGAAAGCCAGGAGGAAUCAUUUCAACAUACUCACAGAGGAUUAGUGGAUCAUCAGGUCGGAAGUUAUUUGGGAUUUCACUAAGCCAGUCCUCUCUAGACCAGAGUAAAGAUGACCUAGUUGACAUUGCUGUUGGAUCAAUGGGAGCAGUGCACCUUCUCAGGUCCAGACCCAUCAUGAUCUUGAAACCCAAAGUAACUUACAAUCCAUCCAAAAUCCCAACCAGUGACACUGCAGAUUGCACGAAGCCAUUGACAAAUACGCUGACAUUGUGCCUCACCAUGAGUGGAUAUAUACAUCAAAUAAAAGAUUUGUCUGCAACUAUUAAAUACACAAUAACGUUGGAUGCCAAACGACUUAAAUAUCGAGCAUCCUUCUCAAGCAAAAACCGUACCCUUGUAGAUGAGCUGACCAUUAAAUCCGAUGUAGAAAGUUGCAAGAAGUAUUCUUUCCUUAUAGAGCGUUGUUCAGAAGAUGCUCUGAACCCACUGUCCAAUCAGUUAAUUUUCACAUUUGAGGGGCUUCCAUCUACCAGUGGUGCUACAAAAGACUUGAGACCAGUUCUUCAGCCUGACACAAAGAACACCAUAGAUUCCAAUCUAGACUUUGAAAUAGACUGUGGAAAAGAUAACACGUGUACUGAUGACCUCAGAAUGGAUUUUAAUUUCACUGGAUCCACAAACAUUGAGGUUGGUAUAAUGCAGGAGAUUAAUGUGACAGUGUCCGUAGAGAACAAAGAGGAGAAUUCAUAUAACACGGACUUCUUCCUUAAGUACCCUUAUGGACUUUCUUACAGGAAAAUCACCUCUAAACAGGGAAGAGUGGAGUGUGCUUCUCUUGAUGGUGAGCAAGGACUUACUCAGGGAGAAACAGUCUGCCACAUCAGUCAACCCAUCUUUAAGGGCAAAACUCAGGCAGUGUUUGAGAUUACAUACGGUAUUAAUAAAGAAAGCACAUUUGGCCACGAAGUGAAGUUUAGUGCUGAGGUCAAAAGUGGGAAUGUCAAACAUUCUCCAAGCAGCAUAUUAUCGCAAGAGAAAACCAUUGGUGUUAAAUAUGCAAUAUUUAUUGGGUUGAUAAGGCAUGAAAAUUCCAGCAUCUACAUUAAUUUUACUGCAGGAAAAAAUGAUCUCAAGAAACCUAUAAAGCAUAUAUUAAAGGUUGAAAAUGACAUGAGGGAAUUAAAUUUUACAGUUUCCAUAAUGGUACCAGUAAAACUGGGUGAUUCGGACAUCUGGACUGAUUCAAACCUACAAAUAUCUGGCUGCGAGAAGAACCUGAAGGAAAAGCAGCCCACCAUCAGCAAACAAGAAAUUAUCGAAGUUAUAAAAAAGCAUCGUAUGCUGAACUGCUCUGUUGCUGUUUGUGUAGAGUUCACAUGUCAUGUGAAUCUGAUAAGAAAUGAAAAGAUACUCUAUAAUAUAUCAAGCAAUGUGAGCUCUGGAUGGAUUGAGCAGACUGGUCUCAAAGCUGCUAUUUUUCAGUUGGUCAGUACAGCAUCUCUGAAUUAUGAUAAGAGUAAAUAUGUUUUCUUUUCCACCGAGUCCGGAGGCUCGACACCAACUGCCCAGAUUAUUACCCAAGUGGAGGUGUAUGAGGUGGCCAACCUCACUAAAGAGAUCAUCGGAGGGGUUAUAGGAGGACUGCUGCUACUGGCUCUCAUCACAGCGGCUCUCUAUAAAGCUGGGUUCUUCAAAAGCCAAUACAAGCAGAUGCUGGAGGAAGCCCAGGGGGAUGCAGGAGGCGAGGCGGCAAAUUAAUUUGCAUUUGAUCUCUUACAAAUAUAUGUAGUUUGAGUUAUCAAUUAUAUGAUGAGGUAUAUCCCUACAUACAUUUUGUAAACAGUAUGCUAGAAUGCAUAGUAUUGCUUGUUUUGUGUGUGUGAAAUACAAACUAAUAUCUAACCACUAAGUGUAACAAUAUAGUUUGGCUGUGCAAGAAUUUGUAAAAUUCACUAAUACAAAUAUUGUGCUUUUUAACAUAACAGUUUUGCAUAAACUACUGUUGAGAUGACUUUCUUUUAUAUCCAAAUAUAUCCAUUAUUAGUAUAAAAAGUCCACUGAUUGUUUUUAAUUACAUCAUAAUUGUCCUAUAUUCUAUUGUGUAGUCAGCAUGUGUGCAGCUCAAUUUCUUUUUAAUUGCUGUAAUGUAUACAAUCAUCUGCAUGCUGUGACUGAAAUUUUGAUAAUGGGUAUGUGUGUGUUGUUUCUUCUUCUUUAAAAAAAAUCUUAAUGUUUAUUACUGAUACUAUAUGUAUGAAAAAAUACUGUACGAUUUUAAUCAGAAUUUUAUAAUCAUGGCUCUAUUAAGUAUGUGUUUUAACAUUUUUGUACAUUUUAUAUAAUUGAUGCAGCAGUUACUGUACAAAUAAUUGUCCCAUAAUAUGAUCAUAUAAGGAAUGCUAAAAGGACAUAUCGAUGCAUGCCAAGUGUCAAGUGUUUAAGACAAUGUUUGGAAGAUACUGUAAUUGUAAGACAUUUAGGAAACCUUCAAGUGUCUAUAAGAUUCUAGUUGGACAGUUUUAUAUAAAAAAAUAUUAAUAAAGUAUACAACUUCAAACUUAA